CACUCAGCAGAUUCAAAACAAAAUGGCUGCUGCGAAGAUGAAAGACCCUCAGGAAAAGGUCGUUUAUAGUCAAGAUGGAGUGUUUGUCCAUACAUCGGUACCAUCGCAUGUCGCUAAUAUAAUACCCGGYCGWGUCUGUUUGGUUGAGAAGGAUAACAAUACUUUUGUUGAUUGGUCACCGUGCCAGUUUGAUGCUGAUAAUUAUGAACUACAAACCAGUGACUGUGCUGARUGGGAUCUCAUUACACAAAAUAAGCAAUCAGACCAAGAUGAUGAACAGAAAAAUCAAGAAAAGUCCAAAUAUGCCAUUCACUUCAACAUUAAUGAACUUCACUCCAUUCGGCGCUCAGACCCUAAACUUGCCUGGUCUUAUGUUGUGUUCAUAUUAAAGGAUAGUACUACAUUGCCRGCUUUGCACUUUCACUCUGGAGGCAUCCAAAAUCUUAUACAAAACUUACAAAGAUAUGUUUGGUUGACAAGAUCACCAACAAACUACAAGCUGUUUGUUGUCGCCGAUCAAGAAAAUGAAGCAUUACGGAUGUCACUGGACCAGUUGCAGCUKUUUAAUGACAGAGGACCAUCAUCGUCAUAUUUAUCGCGAUUCAUCAACACUGCCUACUAUGAUGGCAUGGAUGCUCUGUCUAAAGUCACAAAAUACUUCAGAGACACAAUGGAUGUCAUACAAGCAACACCAACAGUUGAUACCCCAGCUGACAGACCUGCAGUAAGAUAUACACCAAGAAAGGACGCAGAGUUUGAGGACUUAGGAGAGGCAGUUGCCUGCCCAUCUCAACCUGUCCCACCAAGAAGAAGCCUUGGCCCUGUCCCWAAAGUUGAAAGAGGGGAAUGCUUAACUCAAGAACAGUGGCAAUCUUUGCUAGACAACAAUGGCCGAGUUAUCAAUAUCAAAAAGCUGCACAGUACAAUAUUCAGAGGG